UUGUGCAAGUCAAGGGACCUUCCUGUAGCAAGUGUGUCGGCCUGGGCAAUCCGGCAGUGGGUUAUAAGGAGGCGUUCGCACGUUGCCAUGGAGCCGGCAGGGCGUCCUGCUGCGGCUGCCCUUUGCUAAUCGGGGUCUUUGGGUCUAGCUUCAAGGUCGAGUCUCGUGUAAAAGGGAUCCGAUCCGUAGUGGCAGCGGUGGUAGCAGCAACAGUAGCAGCUCCGAUGGCAGAGGCAGCCGCAGCCGGAGAAGCAUGGGAGAGGCACUGCUGGGUCUGCUUUGCCACUGAGCGCGAUGACCAGUCAGCCGAGUGGGUCUGCCCCUGCCGUUGCAAAGGCUCCACCAAAUGGAUCCACCAGGCCUGCCUCCAACGCUGGCUGGAUGAGAAGCAGAAAGGCAACAGCACAGGCAGAGUGAGCUGCCCACAGUGUGGCACAGAAUAUCACAUUGUCUUCCCCAAACUGGGACCCUUGGUAUAUUUCCUGCAGCAAGUCGACCGGGUUUUAUCCAAAGUGAGCCCCUUUGCUGCUGCUGGCAUUGUGGUGGGAACAUUAUACUGGUCAGCAGUUACCUAUGGGGCAGUUACUGUGAUGCAGGUUGUUGGCCAUAAAAAGGGCCUGGAUGUGAUGGAACGGGCAGACCCUCUUUUCUUGCUCAUGGGGCUUCCCACCAUCCCCGUCAUGCUGGUCCUGGGCAAGAUGAUCCGUUGGGAAGACUACGUGCUGCGGAUCUGGCGGAAGUACUCCAGCAAACUGCAGGUUCUGCAGACUUUGGUGCCAGGGGUCAGCCGUCCUGUUGUGCAUAUACCACUGGCUGAGUCCCGCUACCAGAAUGACCACCUGUCCAUCUCACGCACACUUUGUGGAGCUCUGGUCUUCCCUACCAUUGCGAAUCUAGUCGGCAGGGUCAUGUUCCGCAAAGUGAACUCCAGCCUACAGCGUACCAUUCUGGGUGGCAUUGCAUUUGUUGCCAUCAAGGGAGCCCUCAAAGUCUACUUUCGCCAGCAGCAAUAUCUGAUGCAAGCCAACCGGCGCAUCCUGAACUAUGUGGAGAAGGGGGAUGUGGAGAAGGGAUUGGCUCCGCUCAAUGAAGACAGCGGCAGUGAAGCAGGGCUCAGCUAGGGUGGGAACCAAACCAUCAGAGCUCCACUCCCAAACUGAAGCACUGACAUGCAACGUGGGUUUGGCUAGCUGCAUACAGAGCGGGAGGUUAGUUAUAGGCUGGACUGGAUGAAGGGUAUUGGUGAGGGCUUGCCUGAGAGCAACUCUCUGAUCUUUUUAACCUGGUGGCUUCUACGGAGUUGGGCAGAGCGACUCUGUUCUAUCUAGUUUCCCCUCCAUGUUCACUGUUAAUCUUAUGUGGAUUUCUCCCCAGACUCUUUAUAAGUUAUGAUUUAAAUAAAACAUAAGACUUAAG